CACACCCCGCUCAGUCAGUACAACAAACAGAUAUGAACAGAGAGAGAGAGAGCUCUCAUUAACUAAUGAACAGACGUAAUCACAGACACACACCCCGCUCAGUCAGUAGAACAAACAGAUAUGAACAGAGAGAGAGAGAGCUCUCAUUAACUAAUGAACAGACGUAAUCAAGCACAUGGCUAUCACACAUCUCUCUCUACUCUGCCAUUUCUUUCCUCCUGACAGACAGAACAGUCCUCUCUUCUCUCGUUCUCUCUACUCUUUUACACAUCUUCCCCUCCAUCUUUCUCUCCCUUUUACCAUCUUCACUAUUGUCUCUUUUCCACAUUACGUUCUCUCUACCCUUAAAUCUCCCUCUUUCUUUCUCUAUUUCUUUCUUUCUCUCUUUCUUUCUCUCUUUCUUUCUCUCUUUCUUUCUUUCUUUCUUUCUUUCUUUCUCUCUUUCUUUCUCUCUUUCUUUCUCUCUUUCUUUCUCUCCAUCAUGGAGGCUGUAGCCGUGUUUUCUUUCCGAGCAAAAGAACGAGACGAGCUCAGCUUCCAGAAAGGAGAGAUACUGAAGGUGACGGAGAUGGAUGAGGAUCCUAAUUGGAUGAUGGCAGAACUCCACGGGAGGCGAGGCUACGUCCCUGAGAACUACAUUAGUCUGUUACCACACCCGUGGUUUGCGGGACGUGUGUCCAGGAAGCAGGCUGAGCAGCGGUUGCGUUGGGAGGAGAGAGGAGUGUUCCUGGUUAGAGAGUCAGAGAGUUCACCAGGAGAGUUCUCUGUUUCUGUCAGCUAUGGCGACAUGGUCGAGCACUUCCUGGUUCUCGAGGGGUUGGGUCAGUACUGUGUGUGGGAGGAGACUUUCUCGUCUCUCAACCGAUUGGUCGACUUCUACAGAUCACACAGCAUUGCCCAGGAGAGACCUGUCUACCUUACCGACCCUCCUGACACACCUCUACACACACACACACCCUCACACACACCUCUACACGCACACACACCUGCACACCCUCUCACACACACUGCCAUGCAUCUACCGGACCCUAACCCAAACCCCUACACACCCCUAACCCUAACACACACACACACCCCUAACCCGUAUCUAGCUGAGCACCACACACACCCCACUCACCCUCGCGCACACACCCCUAACCCUAACACACACACCACAAACUCCCCUAACACACACCACACACACACCCCUACCCAACACCCCCCAGCCCCAGCCCCAGCCAGCUACUCCAACAGAAGAGAACCAAGCAGGAACCUGAACUGGGGCUAUUCUGCCCCUACAUAA